AUGUCAAAAGUUUUUCGUAUGCUGAUUAUUGGGGCUCCGGCUUCAGGAAAGGGCACCAUUUCUGGUCGAAUUGUAAAAAGGUUCAAUUUCCAGCAUAUUUCCAGUGGAGAUUUGCUGAGGUGGAAUAUGGAUAAGAAAACGGCGUUGGGUGUAGAAGCAGCAAAGUAUGUGAAUGAGGGUAAAUUGGUACCAGAUGAUUUGAUAAUAUCCUGUGUGGCUGAUAAACUGAGUGAGAAAACAGAACCGAGAAUUCUCCUGGAUGGAUUUCCAAGAACCAGGCCACAAGCUGAGAAAUUGUCCUCGGUGAUGCCACUGGAGGCUGUCGUUAAUCUCAAUGUCCCGUAUGAGGUGAUUAUCGAAAGGGCCAAGAGUCGUUGGAUUCACUUGCCAAGUGGAAGAGUCUACAAUAUUGGCUUCAAUGAGCCUAAAGUGCCCUUCAAGGAUGAUGAAACUGGAGAAGAUCUUGUACAGCGACCAGAUGAUCAUCCAGAUGCUGUAAAAAAACGUCUGGAGAUCUAUGACAGCAUCACGAAGCCAGUGUUAGAGUACUACAAAAAUCAGGGAAUAAUUGUGGAGUUCUGGGGAAAGACUAGUGAUGCCAUUUGGCCAAAUGUCGAACAAUUCCUUGCCAAGAGUUUAAGCAACACAGAGACUGAGACGCAAAAGACAGCUAUCUAAUUUUAGGGAGCGCACAUUUAUUAAUAAAUUUAGCCACAAAUUGGAGUACAACUUGGGAUGGGGUCAAAAGUAACAAAGAAAUUUAUAAAUUUAAAUGCAGUAUUUUCUUGCUCAAUAAACUUCCAUGAAGGGAAA